UAAAUUAGAACGUAAACGUACAUUGACCGCGGUAAUGGUGUUUUCGUGUGUUUAAGUAAUAACUAUAAAUUUUUUUAAAAAUGUCCGUCUCUGUGGGUAGGAGUAAUUUAACGCAUUUCUGUAAAAAUCAUCUGAAGAAAUAUCUAAUACGGGCAAGAAGUAUUAGAUUCAGUUCUACGGCUGAAUCCAAACCGUCUAACCUAGAUUGUAAGAAUGUCCCGGUUCCCGAAAAGUUUACCGCUGCUGUAUUAAAGAAUUUUUGUAAUCCACUUAUUGUAGAUUACUUUGAACCGCUUGAAAUAUCGCAACCAAACCAAGUUGUUAUAGAUGUGCAAUAUUGUGCUUUGAAUGUCUCAGAUAUCUUAUUAGCCACAAAUUCAUAUACAUUUAAGCCGAAUCUGCCAAAGAUUCUUGGCUAUGAGUUUGUUGGAAAAUUAGCACAGAUCGGAGAGGAAGCAAAAAAAUGUGGGUAUAAAGUUGGGGAUAAGGUUGUUGCUCUCAAUAAAGAUUGUUACGGAGGUUUAAGUGAACAGUGUCUAGUAGAAGUUAAUGAUAUUUGGAAAAUACCGUCUGAAAUAAAAUCAAUUCAUGCAGUGGCUCUUCUUGAUGAUUAUGUUACUGCUUUACUUGCAUUAGAAAGAAAUAUCAGCAUACAAGAAAGUGAUAUCAUUUUGAUUAAUGUUGGAAUGAGUAGCAUUGGUCUAGCAGCAGUUGAUCUUGCAACAAAUGUAUAUAAAUCUCAGGUGAUAGCUGUUUGUGCUACAGAGGAAGGAGCAGAUCUUGCUCGUGCAAAGGGCACAGUCCUUGCCUCAUUUAAAUACAAAGAUCGUAAAUUGUUGAAACAGUUAGAGGAAUUAGCUGCUGAUAAAGACAUUAAAACAAUCUUUGCUGAUGCUGAUGGGGAGCAUUUGAAAAAGGUCUUAGAUUGCUUCACCAGUAUCUAUAGAAGUGGUGCAACCAUGAAAGAUUUAUUGAGGGAUGAUAACUUUGCCACUGUGGUGCAUCAUCUUUCACGCGAAGGGAGGGUGGUAAUUGCUGGAUCAACAGCGAUCAUGAACGAAUCCGAUACGAAUCGUUUCAGUGUUACUGGGUUCAACUUAAGAGAAUACAGGAAAAAGAAACCUGAGGCAUACCGUCAAGCUGGGGACGACGUUUUACAAUUUUUCGAGGAGGGUCUCAUUAAACCAACUUCUGUACUAACUGUUGGAUUAUGCAAUGUAAAUGAUGCAAUGGAUUUUAUUCCCAAGAGCAAGUCCCCAGGAAAAGUCAUUGUAGACAUAAAAAACAAGGACGCUAAAGCGAAGAAAGUGAAAGAAGAUAACGAUUAAAAGGUUUAAUAUACAGAAUAUGCAAACACGUUUACAGGUGUGCAGAAGUAUUAUUAAUAAUACUGAGGGAACACUCUUUUAAUA